AUGCGCAUCUUCUUUGCCCCGCCUCUGAUGACGGUGCUCUGCACCUCCGUGCUCGGCCUCGAAGCGCACGAAGCUGUUGCUCGUGGGCAGCCCUCGAUCAUAGAUUCUGCCACGCUCUACCCACGAGGAGCAGAAGGGCUGGUCAAAGCAGUGCUCGAGAAGCCACGCAAGUCCUUUAGCCUGCUCAUACCCGACUUUUCCGAGCAGGAGAUGCAACAAAUUCACAAAGAGUCUCUGUCGCUCAAGUACCCUCAAUAUCCCAUGCCUGGAGCGAAACAGCGAAGGAGCGAUGAAAGGAAGCUAAACACACUGACCCGAGCUCAUCGACGGCACCCUCAAGAAAUCUUUACCGACCAACGAGGCUGGACGACGGUGCGAGAGCUGAGCGAUGGUCCUGUGGUGCAAGGCCCAAACAAGAGGCCUCGCAAAAUGCUGCAGCCAUCGAAGCUUCACUCCCCACCGACAGCUCGAUCCACUGGCUCGAGUACUGAGAGUCUGCUUCGCAUGUUGGUCGAAGAAGAGCGCAACGGACCCCCUCAGCCGCUGACCCUGACGCGAGAGCAGAUGCUACAAGCCUCUCUGCCCCUGUCGCCCGAGCGCCCAAGCUCCCCCUUCCGCCAACAACGGCCUGCCUCUCCGAUUGGCUCUCCGAGCAGUGUGGGCAGCGGCAGCAGCCCCACGUCCCAUAGCUUUCCAUGGGAUGAUGAGCGCGAACCAACGCGCCGUGCUGCUUCCUUUCAGGCUCAGAUGGCCAGCUAUCGAAGCAAGGGCGAAGCGGGCACCUCCACGCGCCCGACGGCCCCUCAGCUCACGCGCCAGCGGAGCGAAGCUCGAGAGAUUCCAAGCACCUCCGGCCCACGCCCUCUGCGUCUAUUCAGCCACUCGCCGCGCACGCGAGGUGAAGACGCCGACUUUCUCGUGGAGGGUGUGGGGCAUUCGCCUAGAAAUGCGGGCAAUGCGUUGCAGAGGGGACGUGGACGUGGACGUGGAAGAGCGGGCGGAAGAGUGGGCAGCACGACCUCCUCUUCUAGCGGAAGCGGAACGGAGAGCGAGCGGGGAAGCAGGAGGAGCAGUCGCGAGGAUCUGCAAUUUGAGAUGGACCUGGAUGAUAGAUCGGCGCCCGGCUAG